AUGUCUGGAGAAAUUCAACAAUCCGGUGAGGAGCUUGUUUCUGCUAUUAAUGACAACCAUAAAAGUAUAGAAGCAAAGACUAUAGCUGAGUCAAAUCCUGGUUCAGCAAUUGAUAUAAAUAAUUCUGAAGUGGUUUUAAAUGAUACGUCUGAUUCAACCUCCAAUCCAACACAAACUGAUACAAACUCACCAAAUAUAUCUGAAUCAAAUAUUUCUGAUUCUAAAGACAAUGGUUCAGAAAUCGAAAAUAGCAUACCUACACAAAACAUGGAUCAACCUGAUGAAUCAAAAACUGACAAUGAUUUUUUAGAUGGUAUAUUAGAACAAGCAAAAGUUGGAAGCAAUACAUUAGAAGCUGAGGAUGAAGAAUCUGUUUCUAGUGACUCUUCUAGCUCCAGUAGCUCUUCUGAUGAUGAGGAUGAGGAUGAUGAUGAUGAUGAUGAUAAUGAUCACCAAGACAUAAGAGCAAGUGAUGAUGAUGAGGAUGGGAAUUCUGGACAACCAAUUAUAUCCAAAAAUGAGGUUGUUGAUGAAAUGGCACCAUCUUUACCUGAUGAUUUUUCAAUAGCUACUACUGAUCCUAUUGAAGAAAUUGGUACCAUCACAGGUGUCGUGGACAAAAGUUUAAUUAUCAAAGGUAACAUAUCUGGUGAGUUUAGAUUUUUGAAAGAAGACUCUGUGCUUUGUCUUGAGGACCGAACUCCUUUGGGUUACCUAUUUGAAAUUUUUGGACCAUUAGCGCAUCCACUCUAUAGGGUAAAGUUCAAUACAGAUAAACAAUUAGAACCAUUUGUUGAAUCAAAAGGUAGAAAGGUCUUUUAUGUGGUUCCAAAAUCAAAUUUUAUUUAUACAGACUCGCUUAAAUUACUUAAGGGAAGUGAUGCUAGUAAUUGGAAUGAUGAAGAGAUUCCAGAGGAGGAGCAAGAAUUUUCUGAUGAUGAGAAAGAGAUGGCAUCAAAAAAGUCCAAAAAUAAGAAAAAACGUACAAAGAAAAAUUCUGAUGGUGACGAAGGAUCUGGUGGUGUAUCUGAAAAUACUAACGAAUCAGGUAAAAAACUUCAGAAACAAUCAAAUCAAAAAACUUCUUCUAAAUCAUUCCCAAGAAAAAGUGUUCCAAGCACAAAUCAAAACCAGCCUAAUUCUAUACUUGGUUAUCAAUCGAGGUCUCAAAGAGAACAACCUCAACGAUCUAACCCAACUCCACCUAGUUAUAGCAACUUCCAACAAAGACAAGUUCCGAUGUUCACACCCCCUCCACAUAUGAUGAAUCCUAAUUUUGUACCACCACCUCCACCACCUUCAUUUCCAAUGCCUGGUCAACCUCCGGUCUUUCCAAAUCCAAAUAUGCAAUUUCAAACUCCUCAACAAUGGCACCAAUUUUAUCAAAUGCAGCAAUUCAUGAUGCAACAAAUGUUCGCUUCUCAGCAAGCCUCAUUCACUCAAUCACAAUUCAAUAAUGAUAACAAUGGAAAUAACUCAACACAAUCAACUAGUGGUCAGCCUCAAAACAAGGGUGGUCCUGCAAAGGAUUAG